UUUAUACCAGCAUGAAAUCUCUAAAAUAUGCAGAACAACACAAAAAUCUCAUAAUCGAUUGUUUGGAUGACGAUUGUAUAAAAUUAAUUCUUCACUUAUUUAACUCAACAGAAUUUGUUGUACGAUAUUGCAUUCGUUGUUAAGUCGAUUACAAAGCGUACAUUUAUUGGUGCAAGGAACAAUGUGGAACUAAUCGCUUCUCAUCGCUUCGUCUGGCCCAGUCGCAUAAGAAUGAGGUGGGUGAGAGAACGUUGGCAGGCAUGAACUUCUAUCGAAAGGGCACUCAGCAAAUUAAGUAUUUAUUAUUAGUGACGUAAAUUUGCUUCAGAAAUGGGUGUAAUUUAUUGGAAUUGCAUACUUAUGUUCGUAACGAUCGUGAGUCAUACAUUGGGUGACACUUGGCAACAAAUCGCAAGUCAUCCUUCAUGGAGGAAGUUGGAGACGUUAGAGUGCGGUUAUAGCGCCGCAGACCGCAUCAUCGGCGGCCUUAAUGCAGCGCUCGGACAGUUCCCAUGGAUCUUACGACUUGGAUAUACCGUGGAAGACGAGGAAGGUUUGGACUGGAUGUGCGGCGGAGUGCUGGUGACGGACAGGCAUGUGGUGACCGCAGCACACUGUGUGAAGACAGCAGAUGACGGCAUUAAAUUGGUGUCAAUACGUGCUGGGGAGUACGAUACUCGGACGGAUCCCGAUUGUCAGAUGGGUGUGUGCGCGCCGCCGCUCCAGGAUCGCCGCGUGAAAGUCAUCCGCAGCCACGCGAGCUUCAACAAGCCGCCCUUCCACAAUGAUAUUGCUGUUAUUGAGUUAGAUUCACCGCUCGACUUGAAUGACUACGUGGCCCCGAUCUGCUUGCCGCAACGGGACCAGCUGGCCGAGUUGAGCUUGGGUGAGCUAGUGAUGGUGGCGGGCUGGGGAAAAAUGAACAUGUCUACAGACCAGCGCGCUGACAUACUACAAUUCGUUUCGUUGCCAGUGUUAAAGCCAGACUCUUGUGGUUUCUUCGGAAAAGGCUUUAAAGUAGAGAAGUCAGAAAUAUGUGCCGGCUCGCAAAGGAACAAAGACACUUGCGGCGGAGACUCUGGCGGUCCUCUAAUGAAGAUCUUUGACACGCCCGAAGGACCAAAAAGUUUCCUCGUUGGUGUGGUAUCGUUCGGACCGACUGUUUGCGGAAUUAAAAAGCCAGGCGUUUACACAUCUGUACCAUAUUUCAUGAAAUGGAUUUUAGAUAAUAUUGCUUAAUAGAAUAUUGAAUAUGUUUGUCAUCAAUAAAAGUAAUAUAAA